GUUUUCAUUAGCUUAAGAAGAAAGACUUCAUUAUAACUACUGUAGACUUUGAUGAAAUUCUGGGACAAAUCAAGGAAGAAAUGAAAAAAGUUCUAAAAUCAAUUGAAGAUGCUCCAACUUAUGAGGAAUAUGAGGAGCUUAAAAAACAAUCUGAAGAACAUGAAACCCAGAUAUUCAAACUAAAUGAGGAGAUAAAAAGACUCAAGGUAGAAGAUUCUCCUCAACAAAAACAGUUAGAGUAUAAAAAGGCAAAAUCAGAAUGGCGAGAAAAGCUGAUAGAACAGUAUCACAAAACCCUGCUGCAAGUUCCUACAACACCUUUACAACCAAAAAGUGAAAAAUGUAGCUUUAAUGAGAUUUAUAUUAGACCCAAAAUAACGAGGGAAAUAAAAGUAGAAAAGGGGGAGACAAAGGAGGUGGAGGUUAAAACAAUCUCAGAAAUCUUCACAAAGGAGGGAGUCCCACAAAAAUCUGUAUAUGUUCUAGGAGAUGCAGGGUCAGGUAAAACUAGUUUUUGUAAAUAUCUGGUCAACUGUUGGUGUUUGGCACAUAGUGAGGAAUAUGAAGCUGGCAAUGAAAACAAAGAUGGCAAUGGUAAACAAAGAGGCGAUAAUGAAGGACAUGAAACACAUGGAGCUGGAGGUGUCGAUGAAAUUGGUUUUGAAGAACAUUCAAAAAGGGGAAAUGAUAUUGUAAACGAAGAGGUAAAGGGGAAACAUAGUAGAGACAUUGAAAACGAAGAGAGCAGUAAGACACAUCCAGGUAUUAAUGAUAAACGAGGAAAUGAAAAACAUGUGGGUGACAUUAAGGAAAAUGGAAGUGACAGUGAUGACAUUCAGGAUAACAGUUUUGGCUUAAUACACUCCGAGUCCCACAAUUAUGAGUCUGAUGAUAUCUUAAAUGAAUCCCAUAGUGACGGCUCUGAUGGUGACUUAACAGACUCUGAAUUUGACAGUGAUGACUCUGAAUAUGAUAGCAAAAAUUAUGAACUGAAAUUCAAUGGUGUAAAAGAGAUGAAGAAAUUUGACUUUGUAUUUUACAUCCCUCUAAGACAGUAUAAUCAAAACAUUGACACUAUUGAUGAAAUGCUUCUAAAACGUUAUCAAAUGAAAAUGUUAAACACACUUCUUGAAGAGGAAUCCUCUAGGGUUAUGAUUUUGCUUGAUGGCUUAGAUGAAUGGUCCUCUGAAAAUGUCCCAGAACAUAGUAUCUUUAAGGAGUACACAAUAGUAACUACUUCGCGGCCAUGGAAAUUUCAUGCAUUAAGUUCAAGUGAUGUGGAGAUUGAACAGUCGCUGAAACUGAAAGGGUUUGAUUUUAGAUGUGAAAGGGAAAUGGUAGAUAGAACAGUCUCUCAAUUAAAUUCCAGCAGACAUGCUAGUAAAUCUGCCUGGGUUUGUAAACAAAAGCUAACAGAAAAGUCUCUGAAAAAUUUAAAACAGGUACCAAUUAUGCUACAACAACUGAUUUGUCUAUGGUUUGACGGUAAACUCGAUAAAACCUCAAGAUGUGCCAUCUACACCAGUAUGUUAGAAUUAUUCUUCACCUGGAAUGACAUGAAAACUACAGGAACAAGUACUCGACUCAUGAAGGGGACCCAGAAAGUAGAUCUUCCUAAAUAUUUAGCCGAUAAAACCAAAUUAAGAUUAAACCGCCAUUUCAUUUAUGAAGUAUCACGGUUGGCUUAUGAGACACUAUUUAAUUGUCCGAAGGAUAAAUCCUUGACAUUUGACAUUUGUAUGUUUGAUGAACUAGAAAUAUCAGAUGAAGUAAGAGAAAAUUGCUUGAAACUUGGAAUAAUUACAGAAGAUGAAUGUCCAAGUUUAUCUGUAUCAGAACCAUCAAGCUCAUUGUUCUCUUUUAUUCACAAAUCAAUGCAAGAAUUUCUGGCUGCAGUGAAUAUUGGCAUCAAUUUCAAUGCAAAAAUUGGGUUGUCAGAUAGUACAGGAAAUGUUGAAUUAGUCAAAAAGUUUAUUUGUGAGGUUUUUCGGAAUUGUUCAACAGUAAAUGACAUAUUAGAGCAGUCAAAUGUCAUCAUUAUGCUAUGUGGUCUAGAAUCUAGAUUAGCAACACAUGUUUCAAAAUACAUAUAUGAUACUGUGUCAGAAGACUCUCGUGUUCAGGAAUACAGGAGAACAAUAAGUAGUAACAUUUAUAGGAUCAUCGUUGUAUUACUGAUAUUCAAAAGCUUAUGUUUGAGUCAAUGGAAGAAUUAAAUGCAGCAUGUAGUAUAGGAAGUAAUCCUGUAUUUUAUAUAGGAGAUUUGGUCAUUGAUGAUAGUGAUGAUUGUGAUAUUGUUUGUUCAAGUAUUGAUCA